UAAGGGGCGCUUCCGGGGGAGGCGCGCUCGGGGACCUGCGGUUGGGGCGGGCCCUUCCGUCGGCGGCGAGGAUGGCGGCGGAGAACCACUGCGAUUUCCCGGUUCCUGCCGUCGGCGGCCUCGGGCUGGGAGGCCCGGGCGGGCCCUGCCGCCGGUGCAGCUCAGCGCCGCCGCCCGGCGCGGUGCCGGGCAAGUGGGUGCGGCUGAACGUGGGGGGCACCUGCUUCCUGACCACUCGGCAGACGCUCUGCAGGGACCCCAAGUCCUUCCUCUUCCGCCUUUGCCAGGCCGACCCCGACCUGGACUCGGAUAAGGAUGAAACAGGUGCCUAUUUAAUAGACAGAGACCCAACCUACUUUGGGCCAGUGCUGAACUAUCUCAGACAUGGGAAACUGGUUAUUAACAAGGACCUAGCUGAGGAAGGUGUACUGGAAGAGGCUGAAUUCUACAAUAUCACAUCACUAAUAAAACUGGUAAAAGACAAAAUAAGAGAAAGAGACAGCAAAAUCUCACAGGUGCCAGUCAAACAUGUGUACAGGGUGCUGCAGUGCCAGGAAGAGGAACUCACUCAAAUGGUUUCCACAAUGUCUGAUGGCUGGAAAUUUGAACAGCUUGUCAGUAUAGGUUCCCAGUACAGCUGUGGCCGGGCCCAGCAGUCAGAGUAUCUGCUGAUAGUGUCACGGGAAGUGAAAGGGGAAGAGAGAUGCUUCCAGAAAUGCUGCAGUGAGCUGGUCAGUAUUGGUUCUUCCUAUAACUAUGGCAAUGAAGAUCAGGCAGAAUUUCUGUGUGUGGUCUCAAAGGAAUUGCAUAACACUCCCUAUGGCACAACCAGUGAACCAAGUGAAAAAGCAAAGAUUUUGCAAGAGCGAGGUUCCAGGAUGUGAAGACAGUAUUGAAUGGUGACAAUUUUUUCUCUUUUAUUCCAAGACACAGUGAAUUGUCACACUGAAGAGGCCCGGCUGCAAAAGAAAAAAAAAUCUGAUUUAGACAAUACUCUGUUGAUCUGGGUUCAACCAUUUUUGCCUAUAAGCUGGUGUCAGCUGGCUGAAAGCAUUGCGAGAUUACCUUAUGGGAAUAGAUGGUGUGGGAGUGUGUGUUAAGUUUUGGUUGUAGUGCAUGGUUGUACUCUCCUGUGGGCUGACAGACACUGGUCUUUUGAAAUGACCAUGCACUCAUAUUUUCCUCUGAGAGAUGUAGCACUUGAUGUCUGGUGCUGGAUGACCCAAUGUUGAUCAGUUUGGAGACAUUUUCCUACUAAUCAUUGCAAACAUUUAAAGGACAAUGUAAUUGGUGCUACACACACAUUACAGCCCACAAAUGCAAAUAUUUGGGGUCUACAUUGUUUCAGAAUCAGUGGCAGCCCCAGUUGACUGUGUUAUACUGCACAUUCCUUAUGGCUUUGUGACAUACUCUAUAAUGUAAUAACAGUCUAGGAGAUCAACUGAAACUAGCAUGUAAAAAGUUACACAGCAGACAAGAGGUUUCUCUGAAGGAAGGGUGUAUAUAUUGACUGGAUUAAUAGCAUAUUUUAAUGCCCAAAGGGAAGACUAAACUCAGAAAAUGGCCUUAAUCUGAGUUAUUCUUGAUGUUCCUUCUGUUGAAACAGUCUCUUCCUGCAAAAGUUAUGCUCCAGUCUUAACCAGAUGUUUGGAAAGGGAAUCAAAAUUCACUGAAAAUGAACAACUGAACAUUUUGUUUCUUUUGAGAUGUUUGUACCCAUAUGUGUGUUUGUGCUUUCAUGAAAUGCCUAUAAGCAAUGAAUUCUGUGGAUUGUGAUAGACAUUUUUCAAGAGCUGGAGGCUGUACAGAAAUACGGCUUUCUAGUCCUAGAUCCCUCUCUCUGCGAGUGGGGUUAAAGUCAACCUUGAGUGUGAACACAGAAUCAUCCCAUUGAAAAGCUUAAAUACAUCAGACAUUCAGGAUACCUGUAACCAACCUUUCUCUUUCUAUACUGUUUGAACUAUGCAGUUAAAGGACACCGAAAAUGGCUGGUGCAGCUUUAUUAGUUUGUCCUUGAUGAAAGUUAAUACACAAGACUGGAGCUUUUUAAUACACUAUGUUUUAAGCAAAAUCUUUAGCACAUCUUUAAAACACUUAAUGAAAUAGUAUAAAACUCAGCUUCAUUGACUUAUGAAAGCAGUGGGAGUUUCAAAAAGCUACAAGAUUGUUUUGAAUUCUAAAGGUGUUACCGUUUCCGUUGUCAGUAACUUCAGAAUUUAGGUGUCUACUCUAGGUAAUCCUUUACACAAAUGCCUGAUUUCCAAACAGCCAGGCUCUUAGCUCUUUGAGAUGGUUUGGGUUUUUCUUUUUUUGUGGUUAUUCUGGUUGGUUGGUUGGGGUUUUUUGUUUGUUUGUUUGGCUUAGUUUUUGUUCCUUUUUUUUUUUUUAAAGGACUUCUUAUACAUUGAUAAAAGUUUGGCAGAAACGAUUUGUAAAAACCAUUUCUACUAAGCAGAUUAAGCAAUGGGCUGAAUGUUUUGUCCAUGCGUCUAAUGCUUGAAAGAGUUUGUAACGCAUUUUUCAACUUGGAUGUGGUCUGCACAGGAAGCUGCUGGCCCCUCCACAACAACACAGAAAGUGUUUGUCUUUUUUUUUAAGAUGUUAAAACUGAAUUGAAUUUACUAAAAAUGUAAUUGUGUAGGGGGAAAUGUUUAUACUUUUAUACUUUUUUAGGCACCCAUAUUCUAUCAGCUUGAAUUGAGCACUCAAAUUUCCCCGAAAUAGUAACAGAUUAUCUUGUGUAUCUGAAAAUAAGCAUAACAGUUGUCUGUGUUAACUGCAUAUUAAAAACAUUUCCUCUGCUGCAGUAGUCACCGUGUUUUUAAGCAGUAUGACUCCACUGAAUUCUCUGAGCUCCCAAGCUCAUGGAAUUGCAGCCAACCAUGUUUCUUGUUGUUUUCUUGAUGUGCUCUACAGAGUAAUAUGGCAUUGGCUGAAGUGGAUUUUAAUGCCUGAAAUACCUGUUUUGCAGUGCUCCUUCUGGAUCAACAUUUCUGUUGUCUCUCUUAUUUAACCCAAAAGAGACAGAAUAUUUUCUUUCGUACACUGAAAUUUUCCAGAAUGACAGCAGCAAAGCAUGAGUAACAAACUGAGCAAACUGAACAAAUGUAGAAUAUGUAAAAGAGUGGGCUUUUCUAGGUGUAUUUUUUUUCCCACUGGAGUAUUUUCAGUUUAAAAACAUGCUUUUACAGUGAAAUUACCUGCAGUCUAGUUUAUAUUGUGUCCCUGUUGUAGCAAAUUUGGGCAAAUGAGUGGCUAAUCAUUUUGCACUUUCUUUCCAAUACCUCACAAGGAUGUUAAGAAAGAAAAAGAAAACAAUUAAUAGGCAGGUAUCCUGCAAAUUAUUUAAAUAUGCUGUUUGAGACCGCCUGAACUAACCACUUUUUUGUUCUUGCUAAUGUCAUUAUUGCUUUAAUUUUUGUGAACAUGUAGAGCUUUCAGAUCAAUAGAAGUGCUACCAUAUGCCUUCUUCAAGGCAUUAAGAAUUAAUCCCUAAGUUUGGUUUCCUUUUAUUUGACUAUUGUAAUUUCAAAUAAAGCUAGCUAUAGUAACGAGGUAACUGCAUGAGAGUCCAGUCUGCAUCACCAGGUUUUGUAAACAUUGCUUCAUCUGUUAAGAUCUUGCAGGAUGAGGUGAUGUACUGAUACAGCUUAAACUGGAGUCCUUUGUUUCUUUUCUGUCAUUUGAAGAGUAGUUACUUCAAGAGAACUGCCUAUGACUAUGUAAAGCUGAUGGGUUCAUAGAUGUACUGUGGAAGCCUGUGAUGUGAACUCUGGAUUUACACAGCUCCUGUAUUCUUGAAUCAGUAUUCUAGGUUAGAAUUUAAGAUCCUGAGCACAAAGAGAUCAUAGCAGAAGAAAAUAAAGCAGGAAGGAAGAGAUACCAGAACAUAACAAUUAAUCAGGGUGACCCCUGAUGGAAAUGUAAAUUCUGUGAUUUAACUUUCUAGGCUUUUGCUAUAUGAAUAUUCAGUGAUGUUCUUUGGUGUGUUGUCCAUGGAACAGGAGGUUACUUCAGCACGUCAUUUUCAGUGAAAUUCCUUAAAGGCUGUUACAAACUUCUUGCAAAACUUGUUUAAAAAACGAGAGGUUCAAAUUUGCCAUAGCAGUUUCUUGCUUUGAAGAAGCAAGGAAACGAGUAGCAUACUGUUGGCCGUAAGCUUCAUCAGAGGCUCGUUUUCUGUACUGGUGAUGACAUUUUUGUAUUAAAUGCUUUUGACUUCUUCAAGCAGCAAUCAAAUCAGGGCUUAUCUGCAAUGAAUGAGUCAUCCUGAGGCCUCCAAGACGUGAAUGGCAUCUGGCCCAUAAUAACUGUCCAAAAGUAUAGUCUGACCUGGCAGCUCACAUAGUAAAUGUGAAAGAGAUUAUUUUAUGUUUUUUUUUUAACCAAAAGACAAGAGGUUACAUGGAAUUUCCCCUCAUUUCCUGUGGGGUCACCAUGGAUUAUGUGCAGUUUGUUAUCCUGCAGUAAUUUAUUGUCUGUCAAAGGCCUGAUUGUAUUUAAGAGUUUAUAUUAAUUCUCUACUAAACUUUCAUCCCUGAGAAUCAUAUACUCAAAAAAUCUGGACAAUUUACUGUGUUUUUUUUUCCAAACUCAGGUUUCUUGUGAUGAUGAAGGUUCCUUUUGUCUUUCAUUGUAGCAUUAGUAACAGAUAUUUUUUAAGAAACUGAGUUUAAAGUCUCCAUCCACCUUUUUUUUUCUUCAAGUUUUCCUUACAGGAGCUGUAUUGCUCCCUUUCUAGCAAUGUGAAUGCACAGUUAUGGCUGAUUAGAAACAGGGCUGUUUCCUGAAGGUACCAAAAUUGAAUCGGUCUCCUCUUUCUCCGAGAGAGUUUCAUUGGUUGGGCCUUCUUUUCAGGAGAAAAAACGUCUAGCAGAUAAAGCAAACCCCCUGACUGCAGGUGUGCUGAGGGAACUGCUGCUCAGGACAGAACCCUGCUCUUUGAAUACCUGUUGGUGAAGAGUUGUCAGUCUCUUUUUGAGCUGUACAGCCACCACCAGCAAGUUAACAUACAUUAAUUACAAACUACUAUUUUUAUUAGUAUUAAAAAAAUGAGCUUGGAAUGCAAAACCGCAGUAGUAUCUGGAUGAAUGAAAUGACCUUAGAAACUGGAUUAUAAUGCGUACUGUCCAGUCGUGCAGGUGUACUGGAAAAGAUUCCUUCAGAAGUACUGAGACAAAAGUGAAGUACUGGGCUUUUCAUGGAGAUGAAAGUAAGUGAAAGAGAGCUUGUCCACUUGAGAUGCGAUAAAAUCAGAAAGUGUCACUCUCCUGUUUUAUUCUCUCACCACAUCAAAAGCAUCUUUCUCAAGUUUUUCAAAUUAAAUUCUUCAAUCAGCCCUGAAAGGUGGGGCACUUGCAAAGAGAGGAGAUUUUGUUACACCUUUAAAAGUACCUGGUAGCUCAGGACGGGAGGAGUAAAACUUCCUGGCUUAACCCUGCUGUGGUCAUGGGACAGUUGUCUUUUCUAACACAACAAUUUUGAAAUACAUACGGGCUGAGAAUUCUGCCUGUUGCUUCAUUACAGCUGAAACUGCAGUUAUUUCCAGCUUGAAGGACAAUGUCAGGAUCUUACCUGGGUUUGUGUUGUAGAAUUAUAGAUUCUUAAAAUAGUGUAAAUAUUCAGUUUAAAAAAAGAGAGGUGGAAGGCUCUCUGAAAUCAGUGGCAUAUAACUUUCCUUUGGCUCACAACAAUCAGGAUCUGUCUUUAAAGGCUUCUUACUGAACUGAGGCUUUAAAGGGCUAAGUAGAUCUUACUGUUCAGUUUUCUUAAAUGAGUGUCAGAUAGAGGAACUCUUUCCAUUUUCAGUGCAGAAAUGCUAAGGGCUAAAAUCCUUUCCAGGGCUAAUCUGAAGUUCCGGAGACACAUAACAUUUAAAAAGCAGCUGCUCUGGUUUUCUUUCAACUCACAGACUCCAAAAUCAUUACAAAUGGCUGAAGCAGUUGCAGAUAUAAGUGUUCAUGUAUGGUUUGGAAUUUCAGUAUCCAGGUUGGUCAGAGAAGACAGUACACUUGCCCAGCACUUUGUUAUCGCCCGUGCUGAAAUCUGACAACUGUCAUGAACAGCACUGGUGACGGAGACCUUGAGAUGAUUCUGCCCCAGGAAAUCGUUGCUGAAUACUGCAUUGCAGCUUAGCUGCCCUUUACUUUAGCAAGGUCUGCUGAGGCAUAAACUCAAAGGUCCUGUGAAUAGAUACUGCUGCAAACAUAGUUUUCUGGGCCCAUCAAAGGGUUCUUUUUAGGAUGUUGUGUGUUAAUAACUGCUAUAAUGAGAGAGACCUUUCAGAAAGUUAUUUUGCUACUUUGGGGGUAAAGAGACCUUAGAAAGCUGAGCCUAAAUUUUGACCUGACCUGGCACUUGUUGAGAUUUCCAGGUCUGGACAUCUGAAAUGUUAAGAGUUAAUGUAUUUAUGUGCAUGAUUCUUGCUCCUUCUGAGGAUUUUCCAAAAGCUUAUGAAUAGCUUUACUCAAACUUAACUUGGCUCGUGUACUUGCUAGGAUGAAGCGAGUGCCAAGGCACUGUAAGAGAGAUGUUGCAGCCUGUCUACCUGAAACUGAAACAAGGUUUCAACAAGGUUUCUACCUGAAACUAAAACAAGGUCACCAAACUGAAGGAGCCUCAAAUGGCAACUAUUUCCACCUGCUUCCAUCCUAAGCCUCAUCUGAGCCUUCCUAUGGGAGAGCUAUUUCCCAUGGACUCUCUAAGCCCACCUACCCAAUUCUGCAGAUGUUAUUUGUUUUUUUAAACUCUUCUCCUCCAGAGUCACUGGUCUCAACAUUAGCUGUGCAUCAGCUGUUUGUGUUAAUAUCCAAGUGGCCAUACUUGCAACGUUAUUUCCUGGAUAGUGGAUUAGCAAUAACACUUUAUUUCGUGCCAAUUCAUUAUCUCUGAAGUGUUCUUACUGCAGCAAAGUUUGAGUUUUGAUCUGGUUUUAAUGCUUUUGCAUUAGCCAGAACUCUUAGCACAGACAUAGACAAGAAACUGAAUCCAUGGAAUUUCCCUGGAUAAAAAACUGCUAGGGCUUCCCAAAUCAUUUGAAGGUGGUUACAGUUAACCAUCAUUUUUAAAACAAACAUACAACUAAAAUAUGUGUGGAUAUUUUUUUAACCUCCUUUUCAUAACACUAGUGUAUUGUAAACUGCAUGAAAUAAACCUGUUUUUCCCUUUUAAA